AGCUUUCGAUUUGCAUCCCAACCAACAGAACCAAAGAUGACGUCUUACAAGGCGUGCGAUUUUUUACUCCUCGCGACACUGUUGAUUGUUUCAUUGACUUUUUUGUGUGCCGAUGAUGUCCUGCGUAAUCCAAGAGCUGGUAUUUGCGUUGUGGAAGUACCAACAAUUCAAUUACUGAGUGAACACGAUAGAAAAGGACCAAUACCUCAAGGAAAUGGAUCAAGGCCAACCUUGAGUAGGAUCGAAAUCUGCUGCUCGGGAUAUGCUAAACCUGCUCACACCUUCUCCAGCUGCGAGCCUAUCUGCGAUAAAAAAUGCGAAAACGCUAACUGUACGGCGCCAAACGUAUGCACCUGCAAAAAAGGCUACAUCAAGGAUCCCAUCGAGAGCCAUAAGUGUAUCCCAACAUGUCCGAUAGGCUGUUUGAAUGGUGUAUGUACUCAUUCUGGCCAGUGUUCUUGCAAUUUUGGCUUCCAGCUCAGUCCAGAUAGGAAAUAUUGCCAUGCAGUUUGUGUCGGUGGAUGCGGUCAGAACGCUGAAUGUAUUGGAAGCAACCAAUGUCAAUGUAAGACAGGAUACGAUCGUGAUCCGAAAACUUCCGUUUGUGUACCCCAUUGUGAUGGUGGAUGCGGAGAGAAUGGUGAAUGUGUUGCCCCCAAUACUUGUAGCUGCAAACAAGGUUUCCUGAAACAAGGUAACGUUUGUCUUGCAGCCUGCCCUAAAGGAUGUUCUAACGGGGAUUGUGUGGCGCCAAACACUUGUCGUUGCAGACCUGGAUGGACACUGGAUAAAACAGGCACCAUUUGUGAGCCACACUGCAAUCCAGAUUGCUUGAAUGCAAUUUGCGUCGGUCCAAAUGAGUGUGCUUGUAGAAAAGGUUACGUGAAAGAUCCCCGACAUGCAGCUAAUAGAUGUGUUGCAGACUGUCCGAGUGGAUGUCCAAACGGCCAAUGUACUGCCCCUAAUUUCUGCAUAUGCAAUCCAGGAUACGUAAAAGAGAGUAAAGGAAGUCAAAAUUGUAUUAGAAGAACGAGAAGAUCUGCUAUGCAUUUCGAACUCAUUCCCGAAGAAAUGUUCCAACAUUAAAUGUUUGAUGUUUAUUUGAAACUUCCAUAAUAAGAAAAUGAGAUCUCUUUUCCUAUUUUUGAAUAAAAUGUCCCUAUAUUA